AUGUCUGGAGCGAAGCACAUCAUUUUCGAUAUAGUCGGCACGCUUGUGUCGCACGAGCAUUUCUAUGCCGUCAUUGACCAACGCCUGGGCCCCAAACUUCAGGCCAACAACAUCUCCGCACGCCUCCUUGAGCCGCGCAGCACAGCGACCGAGGAAGAUGUAAAGUAUUUCAUACAAGAGUAUACGAAGUGUGAAGUCCGACCGGGCGCAAAGGAAUGUGUGGACAUAAUGAAGAAGGCUGGCUGGACAGUCUGGGCGUUCACUAGUGGAGACCGGCCAAGAGUCAUGGGCUACUUCGAAAGAGGCAACAUUGACAUCGACAACGAGCAUAUUGUAACGUGUGACGACGUUGGUGUGGGAAAACCGGAUCUCAAGGCGUACGAGAAGCUGAUAGGAAAGAUUGGUGUUGACAGCAAAGCUGGUGAUCUUUGGUUCGCGGCUGCACACGGUUGGGAUGUAAGCGCAGCGGGUAGGGCAGGGUUCAAGACAGCAUAUUGCUUGGUGUUGGAGAAGGAGGCAUUAGACGAUGUGUUUGGCAAGAUGGACGUUGUGGCUGCAACGCUGCCCGAACUUGCAGAAAAGGUGACUUCACUGUAA